GCAAGCGCCAUUUUUCCUUUCUGGAAGAGGGUGAUGCAGCACAAUAAAAAUCGGUGCUACUUAAGAUAAAUGUUCCCAUUGUUCAAGUACUGUUAUUAUUGGCGACGACUUGCAGUUCGGACGAGCACGAGGGCUCAUCUUUUAGUUUAAGUGCAGCUGUUUGCACCCGUAUUGCGGUGACACCAGUGGAGCGGCGCUCACGGAUUGGUGAAAGUAGACUGACACAGAAAGCCAGAGCUCCCUCCUCAAGCUAGACGCAAAAAGGGAAGACACGAUGUAUCAGCUUCCCGUGGGAAAUUUGGACAGAAUCAGACGAUCAAGGAAGAAAGUAAAAAGUAUUUUGUCAGAAAUUGGACUUGAGAAUUGUAAAGAUUUGCUUGGGGAUCUAGAAAGCUUUGAUGCUGGUGAAAAAACGUUUCAUAAUACAGACUGGACAGAUCUCACUGAAGGCCAUGGGAAAAGGAGAAAAAAGUGGAGAUACCGCACACAGUCUUUGUGCUGCAGCCUGUGCAAGUUUUCAGCACGGUCCUGGCACGCCUACAAAGGCCAUGUCCUGAGGUGUCAUGAGGAGGAGCAGGAUCUGGGAUUGCUGUCUGUUUGUUCCUGCUGUCCGUUCAUCGCUCACCCAAGAGUCAUCUCUAGACACUUCAGAAUUUUCCAUGCCGGGCUUUCUAAGACCCCGGCGUUCACUGCUCCGCCCCUCACGUCCCAGUCUCCGGUUGGACCGUUACCCCCUGCCGCCAGCACCACGGAGAGGUACUCCUGUCGGAAAUGCUCCUACCACGACACGCUGCUGUACUGCAUGAAGAAACAUGUCUUGGUGAGCCACUACGUAUCCCUGCUGAACCAUUACUUUGGGCAGCGGGCGGACCUUGACCAACGGGCCAAGGGGCAAAACUCGUUCAAGUUCUACUGCAAGAUGUGCUUCCUUGCGGCAGAGAGCUCCGAGCAUUUGCUCUACCACAUACUGUCCUCCGACAAGCACAAGGAGGUGGACAUACACAUCAACGCCUUGAUAUAUGAACACAGCAAGGUCGCCAAGAAGUACCUUCCCAAUCUGGCGCCCAAGACCAUGCAGCUGCACGUUUAUAACAGUCAGUUGAUUUCCAGGAAUGGCGACCAGCAGCCAGGGAAAACGUUGCCUCUGCUGCGGCCUGACGCAGGUCCAGCGCCGGGAGGCCCCAUGUUUGGGACAGUGCUGCACGGAACCCCACACAACCCAGCCGCUGUGGUGUGUACCUCGGGGUCGAGCCAGACCUUCCUGCCAGCACAGGCCUCCGCUCUGGUGCAGCUAGCCAGCGCAGAGGCCAAGGGCCUGCUGAGGCCUGGCUCAGCAGCGGCAGCCCUGCACAACACGCAGCCCCCCAGGGGGAUCCCAGCCACUUUGCCCACUUCGGGGGGCUUAGCCACACCAAUGAUUCAGGCCCCGACGGGCACGGCCCUGGCUAACGUCUCUCACAGCGCUCCAAAACCGCUGCCGAUCGCUGCAGGACUACCCGCGCAGUCGCAGCACCAGCACCAGCCCCAUUCGCAGCCCCACUCACAGUCUUCGCACCAGCCCCAUGCGCUUCCGCAGCACCAGCACCAGCCCCAUUUGCAGCAACAGCUGCAGCAGCAGCAGCAACCCCAGCAGCCACGACAGGUCUUCUUGCCGCCUGGUGUUCAGGUCCAGGGCAGUUUGGGUCUGCGGGGACCAACUCCUCAGCCCCUCCUCCUAAACCCGAGGCUCCCUCUGAGCCAACCUGCCCCCCGUGGCACCAUGCUGACCUCACAAUCUCUUCUUAGUCACUUGAUUCCCACAGGAAACAAGGUCAACGGCCUGCCAACUUAUACCCUGGCACCCCUUCCAGUCCCAAUGCCAGUCCAAGCCAACAGUGCCCCAGUGGUCAGUAAAGGACCUGUACCUGCAGCCCAGGUCAAUAGCGCUGCUUUAACGCAGCCUAGCAAGCCAACUGGCAGCUCUGACUCGGACCCUCCCGCGGCUUCCAAACAAGCCAAAAAGUGGAUAACCUGCCCUGUGUGUAAUGAGCUCUUUCCUUCCGAUGUGUACCAGGUACACACGGAGGUGGCUCACAAAGUGCCCGCCAAACCCGCCAGGCUGAAGGGGCUGGCAGCCAGGGCGCCAUUCCUAAAGAAGAUGCCAGAUAAAACUGUUAAAUGCCUGAUGUGCAAGGUUCUGCUGUCAGAAAAGGGACUUUUUGAGCACCUGCUGCAUGGCUUGAACUGCUUGUAUUGUUCUGGAAUUUUCUACUCAAUCAAACAGCUCAUGGAGCACACAAGCCUUGAGCACAGUCCUUUGCAGAAGGCCAACUGUGACUUCAUGAGACGGGAGUAUCGGCUGUACUCCGACGAUUAUGGCAAUCUCUUAUUCCCGUACUUCGAUAUAAACACGACAGUCUCUAAAGACCUAAUUGGAGACAAGGAGGUUAACUUUGCUCUGGUCACUAGCUCUCUGGAUCUGAUCUUCUUGAAGAUGUUUCCAGGCUCCACCGAGCCAGUGUCCAGGCCAUCCAUAACUAAGACUGGCAUCACUAUCUGCCCCUUCUGUCCCGAGAAACUCCACGGUGUGGAGAGUUACAAUAUGCACCUGAAGGCUAAGCAUUUCAUCAUACCCACCAUCCACGCCGUCUUAAAGACCCCGGCGUUCAAGUGCGUGUACUGCAGUGGAGUGUACACGGGAAAGACCACGCCCAAAGCCAUCUCCAUCCACAUGCAGCGCUGCCGGUGCGCACCCAAGACCACCAAAGACGCUGAGAGGCCGAUAAACUCAGACGCCAACGGCCAGUCGGCACCCGCUGUGAACAGAGCCGCCGAGCAGAGACCGCCCCUUCCUCGCCCUGCCCGACAGGCUCCCGCCCCAGCGCCCGCCCCCGCCCCUGCCCCUGCCCCCGCCCCCAAGACCCCCAAGGAUGACGCUGAGCUGCGAAGCAAAAUGAGGCUGGAGGCGGCCCUGCGGGAGGCGGUGGAGGCCAACAAGAGGGAAAGGGAGGCCAGGUCUGCCCCAGUGGGAAAGCGAAGGAAGGUGGAGGCGCCGAAGAGCGCCGCCCAUCCCGCCGUCCCGACCGAGGCGCAGCAGGACCCGCCGGUGGCCCUCGCGUUGGACCCCACGGGGAUGGAGAUGCGGUCCUUCGAUGAACGGAGGGAGUUCAUCGCCAAGUACUUCCACAGGAAGCCCUACCUGACCAAGAAGGAGUGUGAAAUACUAGCCAACCGCCUCUGGCUUAACAAGAUUGACGUGGCGUGCAACUUCGCCAACAAGCGCAACAAGUGUCUGAGAGCUAUCCACAAAAACAGAACUGCGGUACUACUGGGCUUUAACAUGGCUGAGCUGAAGAAGGUUAAGCAUGACCUUUUCAUUCCUGAACCGGCAUCGGAAAAAACAGCUGCUUAAAUGGUUCGAGUACAAAUAAUUUAAGAAAAACAUGCCCAGUGUAUACUUUUUUUUUGGGUACUUUGUGUACAGCAGUCCAGCAACAUUUUGCAGGUCUGAGUGUGUGAACUACUGACUACAAAACUGUCAAGAAGCAUUGUUGGCUGAUGGAUCAUUUAAGUACUGAACAAGAUUUUGUAGGUUUAACAGCAGUUUUUCUGUACAGAUAUGUUGUCCUAGUAUCUUCUCAUGCAGACUGUACUGUUUGGGGAAAAAUAACUGUACUUCGAAACAAAAAAUGUUAACAUUGGUAUGUUAUAUUCAUACAAUAUACGCCUGUAAGUUUUGAACAUACAAUCUGUUGACCUUGAAUUAAUUUACUUUUUCAGCAAUAACUUUUUUUGAAAAUGUCAUGUAAUUACGGUUACAGUAUGUUGAUGAUAAAGAACAGUUAAUUGCCCUUGAAAUUUGUUAGCUGCAUCAUACUUUAAAAAAGUUCUCAAAGCUUAUUUAAGUUUGUAUACACCCGCAAUUCUCAGUUUGUAGAAAUGGGUAUUACUCUGUUUUGAGUGUUAGGCCAUUUAUUUCCACACGUUAUAUUUAAUCUGACCAUUGAAGCAUAACAACCUUAUAUAUUAUUUAUGUAAGAUAACAUUCUGUUUUAUAAUGUGGGGUUGCCUGAUCUUAAUAUUUAAAGCACAACCAUAAGGGCGAGCUGUUACAGAUAACUCAAGUUUUUGGUGAACUUGAUAAAUGUUAAUUAAUUUAAACUUGUAGAUUCUGUGAAAACCUGACUGCGGAUUGCACAGCGACACAGGCCUGUGCUUUUGUAGCGAUUGUUGUAAAGGGAUAAUUCACUUUCUGGAGUUAUUGGUAUCAUUUCAGGUUUAUGAUAUAUUUUUGCUUUAUCCAGACAGUUCUUGUUUGCGAUGAAGGAUAUUUUAGAUUAGGGUGGGACACACACACGCAAACACACACAAACAAAAACAAAAAAAACUUUAGCAUUUAGUGCUAUCAAAUGUCAUUUAAGUAUUAUUGACUUGUUUGCAUUAAUUCCAUAAAUAGCCCAUUUGGAUUCAUUGAUCAGUUUAAAGCUGUUGAAAUGCAUCAAAAUAAAAUUUUUGUUUUCAUUUGAAUCUGAUGUAAAGAGGAAUGGCACAGUAGAUAGAUUAAUGUACUGUACAUGAGGACCAGAAUCCUAGGGAGAUGGAUGUUUAAAACAAUUAGUCAAGAAAGGCUCUUCCAUUGUUUCUGGUGGUUUUAAGUUGGCUGAUGUUCCUUGGAUUACCACGACUUUAGGUCCACACAAUGACCCAGCAUUAGCCUACAGGCUAACACUUGACAGCAGUGAGGAAUACUUCUCUCCUACAAUUGGUACCAGUUCUCUUGUUGUAUUGUGCUGAAUGUAGGGUGUCAAAUGGUUACUGGCUUUACGGGCAAGUGCACCAAAGUAAUGAAUAUACUUCAGCUGCAGUGGUGCUGGUGCACGGGUGGUCUAGCAGAAGCUUGACAGAGCUGACAGUUCCAUAUCGUGUGGAAAAGGUGGAGCUACUUAAGGUUAGACUGUGUAAUGGUACAUUGUGUGCUUGUAUUGCUGUAAAAGUGUUUGAAUUGCUCCAGGUUUUCCAACAAAAAAGAUGAUCACAAGUCAUCCUGUUUUUCUGUACUUUCCAAGAAUCAGUUUUAACCUCAAUUAACAAUGACUGUUCUUUUCCUAUUGGUUCUGUAUUUUUUGACCAAAAAUAAGUUUGAGUGCUGCCUAUAGAUAUGUGCCACAAAUCUAAGCCCCUUAUUCCAAAAUGGCCUUCUUUUUGUUGUGUGUGAAUGUUAACUACGAUCUUAUGCCAGUAUUAGAGGGGAAACAGUUUUAUGUUGUUACUGUACACUGUUACUGUACAUAGCUUAGAAACAUAAUGAGUCAUAAUUGAUCCAAGUCAUUUCCCACAUUUUCAAUAUUGACUUGUCUUUUAUAUCUCUUGUUUGUACAAACAAAAGUAUCUUUAGGUUUUUAUACACACAUUCUCCAGUGAUUAUAAUUUUAUGAAGACCAAAUUCAGCAGUAAAAUCUACAGUGGUGAUCAGUCAAAAUAUAUGAUUUGAUAAGGCUAUGAAGUAUGGUGUCCAAAACAUCUUUAAGAUUACGAAUGAUGCUUCCCAAGUGCAGUUUGACAGGAACCCACCCAUUUUUGAAAACUGUGAAUUGUACAGUGCUGCUAGGAGAGGGCUUGCCAACUGCAUCCACAAAGGGUGACCUGCAGCUGAAGUGUGUGCUCUCCUCUGAUGUAGUUGCAUGUGAAGCUAGUGAUCACUUAAGGAGCACACCGCAUACAGGAGAGCUAGUGACUGUCAGAGAAGUGCAUCUGACACUAAUGAUGGGUGCUGAGAGGAGGUGGGGGGUUAUGCCUUAGCUACCCAGGAAGCCCUGGUCAGUUGAGUGCGCUACAGCAGCAGAGUGUAGCCAGAUGUGUCCUAUAACCGAAAAGUACGAAUCAGCUAACAAUAUGGCCCAGACAUUUCGUACUUAUGCCUAGUUUAUAGAAGUUGGGUAUAAGUGAUUUGUAUAGGGUUAUAAAUUGUUUUGCACAUAAAAAUGUUUUUUCCAAUACAUUUUUAAAUCUUCAAAAUAUCUACUUUCUCCCACUGACCUACAGCAUAUAGCAACAGCUCAGAGCUAUCUUUGGUCCAGUGACAUCAGCAAUCAGCCUUGUUCAGCACUACACUAACUGCAUUUUGGAAUCAUCCUCCUCAAUCACCCAGGUAGUGAGUUAUGUACCAUAUAAUUUUUAUGAAAUUGUUUUAUUUUUGUGACCAGAGUGCCUCUCAAGCGUUCCACAUUGCAGUCUGGAUGAGUAUGACUUCAGGUUUGCUUAUUAUGGAUCCUUUCCGUUAUUGUCAUUUGAAGCAUUGUGUUGCAGUUGUAAAGAAUAAAUACUGUACUGAUUAAAA